UCAGGAAACAAACCCGGAAGUCUUAAUCAGUACGUGGCCUUCCCGUCUGGACAAUAGAAGUACGAGCUUCUCUUCAUCACAAAAUGGAACUCGAGGCCAUGACCCGGUACACCAGCCCGGUGAACCCCGCCGUGUUCCCGCACCUCACCGUGGUGCUGAUGGCCAUCGGAACCUUCUUCACCGCCUGGUUCUUCGUUUAUGAGGUGACGUCAACGAAAUACACAAGAGACAUCUACAAAGAGCUCCUGAUCUCCCUGGUGGCUUCACUUUUCAUGGGCUUCGGUGUGCUGUUCCUUCUACUGUGGGUUGGAAUCUACGUAUGAAGCUGACCACCUUUAAAAGAUUAACACAUUCCAUGAUAAUGGACAUCAUUGACAAACACAUACUGGAUUUUUUGGAUUUAAUUGAAUGGCACUGACAACAUUCUGGGAUCAUAUGGACUCUGGAUUUCAUUUCACAACUAAAGAGGAUUUGUACAA